AUGAAUGAAAAUGCUAAGCAGCAGUGUCAGCCAAUAGAAGUAUUUCCAUGUGAAAAUCAGGAUGGAAAUUCAAAGAUGUUUCCAUUUAGGAGUGGAAAUGUAUUCACAAAGAGGCUGAGAAACUCUUCCCCAGUGAACCUUGAAAUAAAACUGCAAGAAUCUGAUGAUGAAUGUGAUCUUGUCAUUGAUGUGCCACCACAAGUUGUUAAUAAAAAGCCAAGAAUAAGUAGGAAAUGUACAAAUGGGAAGAGGGACAAAGAACUGGCUUCUGUAAUGCAUGCAGAAGAAUUACAUGAUAGUGCGAUAGUAGACAUUCUUGGACGUGCAGGAGAAGAAUCAGAGAGAACGAUGAUUUUGCAGGAAAGUGGCAAAGGUUUAAAUAAAUAUGAAAAACUAGACAAGGUUUCUCCAAAAGCAAAUGAGAUGUAUUUGCCUGGUGUAAACACUGAUAUAUUGAAGGUUUUGGCAGAAAGAGAUGCCCUUGUUUAUACUGAGGAGAAAAGUGUAUCUUCAGCUUUUUUUGAGGCAGACAUACAGGAGGGAAUUUUGCAGCAAGGGAAUGCAGAAACUGAUGUAUUAGUCGAACCAUUUGUUCAGGAGCAUACUACUAAUGAAGACUGUCUGAGCAGUGGAAGAGUAACACAGUCUGUCUUGUGUACUGGUUGGUCCUCAAAAGAUGAAACCAUAAUUGAAAGACCUUAUAAGGAAAUAAUAAUAAAUACAGAGAGAAGGCAGAGCAUACAAGAAAAUGGGGGUAAUGAUAGCCCAAAAGAUACAUACCCAUAUCCAGCUUCUUAUUUAAACAAGAAAAGAAGUGGAAAAACUCUGCUGAGCUCAUCUGCUGAGGAAGUGGAAUCCAGUGAGGAAGAGACAGAGCUCUCUGAAUCAGAUGAUCCUUUAGAGGAGUGUCGGAGAAUUUUUGAUGAGUUUGAAAGAGAAAUACAAAAGAAGAACAGUGAUAAGCAGGCCCGUGGAGGAAAUGCAGAUCUUAAUUUAUUAGAAACCAAAGUAAAUCUUCCUGGACAAAAAAGAAGAAUUGCACACAGAGCAAAAUUUGAUGAGGGUCAUGAUGCAGGAAUGCAGCAGGCAAUGGAGUUUGGAGUUGCAGUUAAAAGAGGACAAGAUUUUAUUGCUACAACUUCUGAGCAGAAGAAAAUUACGUCUGGAUUGUCGGCUACUCAAUUUCAAAGCAUUGGACCAACGGCCUCUUUAAAUUUGGUUGAAGUUCACCCCAUUAAAAUCAACAGUGGUCAACUGCAUAUAUUGCUGGAAGGAAACAUUGCAACAGCAAUGCCCUGUGGACUUUCUGUUAGCUCAUUCAAAAGGACUGCUCUUGUGCCAUGCAAGUUUUCUACUCAGAGAAGGCCUUCCAUUCCUGAAUCAGGAUCCAAAGUACCAUUUGAGACAAGACAGCGAUAUAUUGGGCUUUUUUUGGCAGAAUGCUUCAAAAUGUGUGGCACAGUGAAUGAAGCUAUUGACAAGGCCCUGAUAGAAGAGCAAUCUGUGUAUGAUCGUUGUGGCAGUAAAAAAAUGUACCUGAAUUUUGCUGUGAAGACUCUCAAAAAGCUGAGAGAUCAUGCAUUUACAGGUCAGGCUCUAUAUGAACUUUUAAAAGAUUAUCGUCUGACUGCGGAUCAAUUAAAUGAAAAUAACUUCCCUCGACCAAAUCCUGAAAAAAAUGGUAGUGCUAUAUUCACUGGGGUUGUAAAAAAUGCUGCAUAUGAUGCUUUCAAAAGAGUGUGCUGUAGAUGUGGCGAAGUAUAUGCUAUUACUUCUUCAGGAGAACAUAGACGUAAAGAAGAAUGCAACUACCAUUCCGGUAGAGUAUUGGAACAAAAAGUUCCUGGUGGUGUGGAAAAACGCUAUAGCUGUUGUGAGAGAAUAGUUGGGUCUGCUGGAUGUCAGAAUGCAAAGCUUCAUGUUCAUGAUGGCAGAAGGGAGAAGUUGGAAGGCUUCAUGAAGACAUUAAUUAAAUCACCGCCUUUUGAUGGAAACUAUGGUGUAUAUGCUCUGGACUGUGAGACGUGUUACACAACCCGUGGCUUGGAACUAACUAGAGUGACAGUGGUCGAUGAUAAACUGCAGGUUGUCUAUGAUACAUUUGUUAAACCAGAUGGUAAAGUUGUAGACUACGAUAUAAGACUCUCUGGAGCAACAGAGGAUGAUCUGAAGAAUACCAAAACGUCUCUUCGGGAUGUACAAGCAAUACUGCUAAACUUAUUCAGUGCAGAUACAAUUUUAAUUGGACAUGGCUUAGAAAAUGAUUUAUUUGUUCUCAAGCUAAUUCAUAACACAGUAGUGGACACAUCAGUAGUGUUUCCUCAUCGGCUAGGUUUUCCUCACAAAAGAGCACUUAGAAGUCUGAUGGCUGACUACCUCAGGAGAAUUCGUCAAGAUGAUGUUGGUGGUCAUAAUUCCAGGGAAGAUGCAAUUGCUUGUAUGGAACUAAUCCUUUGGAAAAUAAAGGAGGAUAAUAAAAGAAGAAAAUGGUGA